AUAAAAAUAAAACACAAAUAACGACACCGCACAGGCAAAGAGCAGAGAAAGUGAAUUUGCUUUAGUCAAUAAAUAAAAUUGUUUUGAUUUAAACAUUACGACUAAAUGAUAAGAAUUACAUACUUUUAAACAAAUUUAAAUUGAAGUAUACAUGCGUGGUCCACUAAAUUCAUUUGUGUGUGUGUGGCUCGUGUUGUGCUUUACAAUUGCACAAGCUGGGCAACAUGACACAUCAGCUGGCAGCGUAGUGAAAAAGGAUUUAAAUUUAAAUGCAACCCGUCAUGUAGCAGAUCCUGCAGCAGCACCGCAAGAUACCAAAGUGGUUAUUAUCAGUGAGAAGACUCCUGCAGAGCUUCAAGCGGUCAAGCAAAAAGUUGCUGACGAAAAUAAUGACAAAAAUGCAAAUAAUGUACCUGCAUUACCAUCGUCAGUGGCCGACAAUAACGUAAAAGUCGAAGAAAGAAACUUCAAGCAAACAAUUUUCCAAGUUGACUCUGACAUGCCGGAUUCAUUUAAAGCAGGAUUUUAUGUAUUUCUUGCACUAAGUUGUGGAGCUGUUAUGUUUAUAGUUUUUAAAGUCUACAGAAUGCGAUUGUCACGUGCUGAACGGAAAUAUGGUGUGCAAGGCGAUCGUUCAACACAGGAACUUACGCCUUUACCAAUUGAAAUCGAGGAUGGUAACAGCGACGAUGAGGAUCAAACACUCUUCGAUCGCCAACAGAUACGAAUAUUAUGAAAGUUUUUUUGAUUCCUAUGUAUGCCAAUCUACGUUUGUCUCCAAUAAGAUAAUUUUUUACAAUUUAUAAAUGUUGCCGCAGUUAUUUGCAUUUUCUUCAAAUGAAAAUGGUUCUCAGUCUUGCCUCAUAGCUAAUUUUGAUGUAAGUAAGAAUUAAACCAAUGGCAUGCAUAGCUGCCGUUCACAUUUUUAUUGAUAUUUUAUUUUUAAAAAUAACGUAAAAAAAAACAAACUCGUCUAUAUUAUAAAAAACCUAA